CUGGGAUCCUCUGCCAUCGGUAUUAAGUGCGCAGAAGGAGUGGUCCUCGCUGUGGAACGCAGACUCAACUCCACCCUCAUCGUCCCCGAGUCCAUCGAGAAGAUCUUUGAGAUCGACUCCCACAUCUGCUGCGCCGCCAGCGGAGUCAUCACCGACGCCCGCACCCUCAUCGAGCACGGAAGAGUGGAAGCGCUCAACCACCGCUAUACCUAUCUGGAGCCCAUCACCGUGAAGGCCCUCACUCAGACCAUUUCCGACCUCGCUCUCAACUUCGGAGAGGGAGACCCCUCUUCUCGCAAGAAACCCAUGUCCCGCCCUUACGGAGUGGCGCUUCUCAUCGCAGGAGUCGACGAGAGAGGGCCCUGCAUCUACCAGACUGACCCAUCUGGCACCAUGAUCGAGUAUAAGGCCAAGGGAAUCGGAGCAGCCGAGGAAGAAAAUGAGUCUGGAGGAUGCGAAGAAGCUGGCCCUGUCUGCUCUGAAGGAGACAAUGGAGGAGAAGAUCAGCAAGAGCAACGUGGAGAUGAUGGUGAUCGCCAACGACCGACAGCUGGUGGAGCGCGUCUCCACGGACGACAUCAAGCGCUACCUGGAGAAGCUGCAAUGAACGUUGAAGCCAAAGACCGAUACGAGAAGUGUGAGCGCCUCGGAGAAGGCACCUACGGAGUGGUAUUCAAGGCGCGCGACUCACUCCUCAAGGAUUACGUCGCCAUCAAGAAGAUCAAGCUAGAGAACGAAGAUGAGGGUGUCCCAUCUACUGCUAUGCGUGAGAUUGCGAUCCUGAAGGAGCUGCAGCCACACCCCAACAUCGUCCAGUACAUUCCGAUUUACCUACUAGUUGACUACGACCUCAAGAAGUACAUGGGAGAGCACAAGCAGAGCAUGACUCCCUACCAGGUCAAGCUCUUCCUCUUCCAGCUCUGCAACGGACUCAACUACUGCCACGCCCGCAGGAUCAUCCACCGCGACCUUAAGCCCCAAAACCUCCUCAUCGACAAGGCAGGAACGCUCAAAAUUGCCGAUUUCGGACUCGCCCGCGCUUUCAGUCUCCCCAUCAAGACCCUCACUCACGAAAUCGAGACCCUGUGGUACCGUGCUCCCGAAAUCUUCAAAGUCUUCCAGUUCCACGGGACACCCACCCCCGCCCAGUGGAUGAACGUCCACAACCUGCCUGACUUUAAGCCCACCUUCCCCAAGUUCAAGGGAGUCAAUCCCGAAGUCUACUUUAAGAAUUUCGACAAAGUGGCUCUUGACCUUUGCAUGAAGAUGCUGCAGUUAGAUCCUGCUCGCAGGAUAUCGAUGAAGGAGGCACUAAAGCACCCCUAUUUCAACGACGUGGCGCACCUGACGAAUGAAGAGAUCCGCAACCGCAUCAAGAUGUUCGAGGCCAACAUGAAGCAGUACAAGCUGGAGACCAGCAAGAUCACGCACGACUCCAAAAAAGUCGAUGAGGCGCUCAAGGACAACCGCACCAAGAUCAAGCAGAACAAGCAGCUCCCCUGGCUCGUCUCCAACGUCGUAGAAAUUCUCGACAUCGAACCAGAAGUAGAUGCUGACGGCCAGAUGGAUCUCGAGGAGAAACCAGAGGAUAAAUGCAUCGUCGUCAAGACCAGCACCCGCAACACAAUCUUCCUGCCCGUCCCCGGCUUAGUCGAUUCGGCUGAGCUCAGACCUGGAGAGCUGGUGGGAGUCAACAAGGAUUCAUACAUCCUCUUGGAGAAGCUGCCUGCCGAGUACGAUUCGCGAGUGAGGUCGAUGGAGCUGGAAGAGAAGCCGUCUGAAGAGUACACUGAUAUUGGUGGUCUGGAUAAGCAAAUCUAAGAGCUGAGAGAAGCCAUUGUGCUUCCCAUCACUCACAAGGAGAAGUUCAAGAACAUCGGCAUUCGUCCUCCCAAGGGAUGCCUGAUGUUCGGUCCUCCUGGCACAGGGAAGACCAUGAUGGCGCGUGCCUGUGCAGGACAGACCAAGGCCACCUUUCUGAAGCUGGCAGGCUCCAACCUCGUCCAAAUGUACAUCGGUGAUGGACCAAAGAUGGUCCGCGAUGCCUUUGCGCUUGCUAAAGAGAAGGCACCCACCAUCAUCUUCAUCGACGAAAUCGACGCCAUCGGAACCAAGCGUUUCGACAACGAUAAGUCAGGAGACAGAGAGGUGCAGCGUACUAUGCUUUAACUGCUAAACCACCUCGAUGGGUAACUAAUUCAAUGAUGAAGUUUUUCUCCCAACGAUGACAUCAAGGUCAUUUGCGCUACCAACCGUCCCGAUGUCUUGGAUCCCGCUCUCAUGAGAUCAGGUCGUCUGGAUCGUAAGAUCGAGUUCCCCUUACCUAAUGAGGACGCCAGAGGACAGAUCCUGAAGAUCCACUCUCGUAAGAUGAACCACAAGGAAGCAGCAAGGUCGACAGAGGACUUCAAUGGCGCCAUGUUGAAGGCGGUGUGCGUGGAGGCAGGAAUGAACGCGCUGAGGAGAGGGGGCAGCUACCUGGAGCACGAGGACUACGUGGAGGGAAUCAUGCAGGUGCAGGCCAAGAAGAAGAGCCAUCUCAACUACUAUGCCUGA